AUGGCUUCUGGUUGCCGUCUCCGGCGGCUUCUCCAGAAAGCGAAUGAGAGGCAUGCGAGGGAAAGAUCCAAAGAGGAGAGAGAGACUAUCCAUCGGGCAGGUAUAAUAAUAGGCCCUACAGGUCUGUGUCGCGAUAAGAAUGUAGCAGCAAUGCUAUUCCCUGAAGAAGCUAAAUUGGUAUUUGAUACAAUAGCAUGGUUUGGUGUAAUGAUAUACAUUUUUCUUUUUAGUGUAAAGAUGGAUUUGAUUAUAGUUAAACAAGCAGGAAGGAAAGCCAUAGUUAUAGGCUUCUCAACCGUUCUUCUUCCAGUGGCUUUAUGCUUAAUAAUCUCCUUCGUUUUAAGACAAUAUGUCCCUUCAGAUUCACAUUUGUUUUAUUCACUACCUUACAUUGCCAUAUCACAAUGUAUCGUACCAUUCGUUGUUGUAACUUGUCUUCUCACUGAACUCAAAACCCUAAAUACUGAUCUUGGUCGCCUUGCAGUAUCUUCAUCAGUUUAUGCUGAUUUAGCUGGUAUCUCAGUUACAUUGUUUGCUUAUAAUCUUGGAAUUUCUCGAGCUGGUUCUUCUUUGAUACCGUUAUGGGCUGUAUUCUCAGCAUUAGCAUUGGUUGCCUUUAUUUUCUUGGUUCUAAGGCCAUUGAUGAAUUGGGUAAAUAAUCAGAUUUCUGAUGCAAAACCAGUGAAAGAUUCACAUUUUUGUGCUGUAUUGUUGUUGACGUUUAUAACUGGAUUUAUAAGUCUGCUGACCGGCCAAAAUGUUAUGUUGGGUCCAUUGAUUUUUGGAUUGGUGGUACCAAAAGGUCCACCAUUGGGUUCAGCAUUAGAUCAGAAACUUGAUACAAUGGUUUCUGCUGUGUUUCUUCCAUCUUUCUUCCUUAUGUGUGGUUUACACGCAGACUUGUCUAUAAUAAGGCCAAUGGUGGCAGGGGUUGUGGGGAUUGUUGCAUUGCUUGGUUUUUUGUCAAGGAUGACUGCGGUAUUCUUUUCAUCUCUCUACUACAAUAUACCAAUUCGAGAUGGUGUGGUGGUGGGACUCAUGCUCAACAAUAGAGGCAUAGCAGAACUCAUCACUUUUAAGAUAUUGAAUAACGCAAAGAUAUUUGAUGAUGAAGAGUAUGCAACUGCUCUCCUUACAAUUCUACUGAUAACAGGAAUCACAACACCAAUUUUGAGAUUCCUUCAUGAUCCUUCACAAAGUUAUACACCAACAAAUAGAAGAACCAUACAAGACAUGAAACUCAAUUCUGAUCUUAGAAUGUUGGUUUGCAUUCGAAAACAAGAGAAUGUACCUACCAUGAUCAACCUUAUAGAAGUUUCACAUGCUAACAGAGAGAAUCCUAUCUCUAUAAUAGUUCUCAGACUAGUAGAACUAGUGGGUCGUGCUUCUCCUAUACUAGUAGAUCAAAUGAUAUUCAAUGCUUUUAAGCAAUACAAGUUAUUGAAUGAAGAUUCCAUAAACAUUCAACAAUUCACUGCCAUAUCUCAUGUUGCUACAAUGCAUGAUGAUGUAUGUCAAGUUGCAUGUGAUAAGAGAGCAACUAUCAUAAUAGUUCCAUUUCAUAAAGAAUGGGCUAUAGAUGGUAGUAUUAACUCUGUGAAUUGUGGUCUUAGGGCUAUGAACAGAAACAUUCUAAAGAGGGCACCUUGUUCUGUUGGUAUAUUAGUUGAUCGCGGAAUAAUAAUACAAGCUGGUCAUUUUUCUGUUGUUACAAGUAGGGCUUCCAUCUACAGAGUUGUUGUUCUUUUAAUUGGUGGACCUGAUGAUGAUGAAGCUUUUGCCUAUGGUUCGCGUAUAGCCCUUCAUCGACAUGUUAAAGUCACAGUCAUUUUCUUGAAUGAUAUUAAUAUGAUCAGUAAGAAGAAGAUGGAAAGAUAUCAACAUAUCAAUGAGAUGAAUAAACAGAUGGAAUAUAGAGAGGAAGAGGUUACAGAUGGGGAGAAAUUAGCAGUUCUGAUUAGAGAUAUUCUAGAGGAAGGGAAUGAUCUUACAAUUGUAGGGAGAAGACAAGGGAGGAAUUCACCAGUUUUCUUAGGGCUUACUGAAUGGAAUGAAUGCCCAGAACUUGGACUAAUAGGAGAUAUGUUGGCCUCACCAGAUUUUGGUACUACAUCUUCUAUUUUAGUGUUGCAACAACAAAGACAACUAUGUAAUCAAAGCAGAACUAGUAGAAGAGGAGGAGGAAGCUUUGAUCUACUAAAUUAUGGUUUGAAAUCUCAUAUGAGAGACUUAUCAAUUCAUGAUGUACCAAUGGAUGAGAAUGAUGAAACAAAGCAUGUUGGAGAUGACAAAGAGCACAAGUGGAAGAAUUAUGGAAAGAUUUCAAGGAAAGACAAUGAUUUCGAUUUUGAAAAAGUACUGCACUUGCUGGCAAAUGCAAAGAAAUAUGGGGAAAUCAGGUCAUUACUUGAUUCUUUUGUUAAGAGUGAGAGGCACUUCAACGUUUCUUUCUUCCAUAUGAUUGCAGUAUUGAGUAAUGGCUUCCGUUCCAAUUCGAUGAUCAUUGUUGAUAUGUUGAUAUUGGCUUAUGUGAGGAAUUCAAGGUCGAAUUCUGCCUUAGAAGCUUUUCAACGUGCAGGGGAUUAUGGUUUUAGGUUAUCUAUUCUUUCGUGUAAUCCUUUGUUGAAUGCUUUGGUCAAGGAACGUAAGGUUGCAACUGUGGAGACUCUGUUUAAGGAGAUGAUCAGACGAAGGAUUACUCCUAAUUCUAUUACUUUUAAUACUGUGAUCAAUGGUCUUUGUAAGAUUGGAAAGUUGCAGAAGGCAAAGGACCUGGUCGAGGACAUGAAAUCCUGGGGAUGUUAG